CCUCAUCAACCUCUUAGAUUCGUGAUUCGUACUGGAUCUCCAGCGUAGGGUAGGUUAGGUCUCUUAGUAGUUUCUGAGCCAUCUAUUCGAGUCCGUACCACUUUCGGUUCUUCUUGUCGCAAAGUUACGCGAAGAUGUCGGCUCUGGCUUUCUUGGAUGCGCAGCAGGCUGCUCGGCCAGACCUUGCAGUCUGGUUCGCAGACAUGGGGGAUCUGUACCAGAAAAAGCUAUGGCAUCAGCUGACAAUCAAGUUGGAGCAAUUUUUGGCACUUGCCGUGCUGCAGGCUGGAGAUAUCAUGAUCCAGCUGUAUCAGAACUUCAUUUCGGACUUCGAGACAAAGAUAAACCUUCUGAAGCUUGCUCACUUCUCGGUCAUAAUCUCCCGUCAAUACACUGACAAAUCCGAGGCGAUAGCUUUUCUGGAGGGGAUUAUUGAGAAGCUGAGGGGAACUAAAAGUACGAGGAUAGAGGAGCCAGUGGUUUAUGUCAAGAUGCAGAUCGCUGCUUUGAAGCUGCAAUCGGGGGAUCGGAAGGAGUGCAAGGCCCUUCUGGACGAGGGUAGGGCAAUCCUUGAUAGCAUGGCGGAUCUCGACCCCUCAGUUCACGCCAGCGUUCAUUGGGUUAGCUCUCAGUAUUACAAAUCGAAGCAGGAUUUUGCUGAAUUUUACAAGAGCGCUCUUCUCUAUCUGGCCUACACGUCUGUCGACACCCUCACUGACCCCUUCAAGCUGGAUUUGGCUGUCGAUCUGUCUUUGGCGGCGUUGCUUGGAGAGAACAUCUACAACUUCGGCGAGCUCUUGGCGCAUCCAAUCGUCAAGGCCUUGGAGGGUAGCCAGUUUCAAUGGCUGUAUCACAUUCUCGUCGCCUUUGAGCAUGGUGACUUGCACAAGUAUGAUGAGCUGUGCUCCCUGUAUGCUGCUCACCUCAACGCUCAGCCAGCUCUGGUGGAGAAUGAGAGACGUUUGAGGGAGAAAAUUACAAUCCUGUGCCUAAUGGAGCUGAUUUUCAGCCGGCCAUCUGAUGACCGCACAAUUCCGCUGACAACAAUUGCUGAGAAGACCAAGCUUCCCCUGGAUGGCGUGGAACAUCUAUUGAUGAAGACCCUCUCGGUGCACUUGAUUGAGGGUGUCAUUGACCAAGUGGAAGGACAUGUGCGGGUUUCUUGGGUUCAACCUCGGGUUCUCAAUCUUCAACAAGUUGCUGGUCUGCGGGAUCGACUCGACAUUUGGCUCAGCCGGGUGCAUUCUACCUUGCUGGCGGUUGAAGCAGAAACCCCAGAGCUUCUAGCAAGUUGAUACCGGUAGAUAUGAACUAAUAAUACAUCUGCGUCGCUGCUGCUCGCUCCGCUGAUGCCCCAUUUCCCGACCUGAUUCCCCUAGUCUAGGUGUGAUGCUGUGGGUAUUAUUGAUGACAUACUGGCUCUUUUCAGAUGAACAUUUUAUCACCCUUUGGUUCCCUGAAAAUUCUGCUGGCUCCAUUCCCGACCCAACAUUCUCCAGUAUCCCAGUAUAGUAAGCAUUGCCUCCAACACCAGGU